AUGGCCGACAAGCCUUCGCAUUGCCUACGGAGGCAGUCAGCCGCAAAGUAUAAUUUUUCCAACUACCAACGAUUUAUCCCGCAUUAUUUCGUUUCUCACGCGACAUCAGAAGCCGUGACGGAACGUCCUGCAGAUUGUCAGUCGAACGAUCCGUCGCUUAUGGCAAAGAAUCAAAGAAUACAUAUCAAUUUCACGAAGGGCUCGAGAAGAGAAACAUGUGACAAGCACUACAGCCAGUCAUCUGACCGACAGGGCUAA